ACGCUUUUUAGUACAAACCCCCUAUGGGAGAUGGCGCCACACUCGCAAAUAUUCCUUCUCCCAGCGAUUGGUCACCCGGAGCUCCACCCACCUGGACCGGGCGGCAGGCGGAGCAUGCUGAGCGCCCCCCUCGAUUACAGACUGCCAUCAAUUACAGUCUGCGUGUGUUGCGUGAAAAAAAGGUCUAAAGAAGCGGCGCAAUGACAAGCCCGGGUUCCGCCGUAUGUUUCCUGCCUGACGACGACAGGUCGUCGGUCAGCUAGCGACCAACAGCAGGGCGCAGACGCCGCCUAUGUUUACGUCUUCUUCCUUCACAAGUGUGACGCUAAGAUCCACCUGAGCCGCGUACGGACGCCUCGCUGCCUAUGUGAUUGUGAUACUACGUCUCGCGCUUGUACUUGUGCAGUGGAUUUCUGUGUAGAACCUUUAGUGUGUUACUAGCGAGGGUGCAGACCGUUCUGCUCAGUGUUCAGCCAUCAUGAGCCAUAUGAGUGCGAUGUACGCCACCAAGCGCCGUCGGCGGAACUCAAAGAGCGUCCGUGUUCCUCCGAAGGAUGGUGCCCAGACCAAGUCAAACCCGAGUAAAAGGCACCGAGAAAGGCUCAACGCGGAGUUGGACACACUGGCCAGCCUUCUGCCUUUCGACCAGAACGUUCUUUCAAAGUUGGACAAACUGUCUAUUCUAAGGCUCAGUGUUUCCUACCUGCGGACAAAGAGCUACUUCCAAGCUUCCUUACACAGAAGGCUAGAUCGUCAGGAGCCAACCCACAAGAGCAGGGAACUGCUGUACAUCGAAUCUCUCAUCGAAGGGGAUCUCAUUCUGCAGGCACUCAAUGGAUUCCUGCUCAUACUUACCUGCGAUGGAGAAGUCUUCUAUGCGUCUCACACAGUCGAAACAUACUUGGGCUUUCAUCAGUCAGACAUCUGCCAUCAGAGCGUCUACGAAUUGGUGCACUCCGAAGACAGAGAAGAGCUUCAACGGUUUCUACUCUGGAAUUCUCAGCUGCCUUCUGACAGGAGCGCCAUGGGACUUCAAGAGGCACUACUACCUGAAAAUGCGCAAUACCUCGAACGCAACUUCACUGUGCGGUUCCGCUGUCUGCUGGACAACACAUCAGGGUUUCUGAGAUUAGACAUCCAGGGUAAAGUCCGCGUGCUGCACGGUCAAAACCCAAAAACCGAAGAGCCACCGUUGGCGCUGUUCGCAGUGUGCACACCGUUCGGCCCUCCCUCGCUCCUCGAGAUGCCGCAGAAGGAUUCCAUGUUCAAGAGCAAGCACAAGCUAGACCUCGCGCUGGUGUCCAUGGACCAAAGAGGGAAACAACUACUAGGGUAUGCAGAUUCAGACUUCGUCAGUCAAGGUGGCUACGACCUUGUUCACUUCGAUGACCUGGCCUAUGUUGCAAGUGCGCAUCAAGAACUAUUGAAGACGGGUGCAUCGGGAUUAAUAGCAUACAGGCUCUCCACUAAAGACAGCAAGUGGCAAUGGCUGCAAACGAGCGCCAGGCUUGUUUACAAGAACAGCAAGCCUGACUUCAUCCUUUGCACGCACAGGCCGCUAAUGGAGGAAGAAGGACGUGAUCUGCUCGGCAAGAGAACCAUGGAUUUUAAGGUGACCUACUUGGACACGGGACUCACCUCGUCUUCUUCAUCCAGUGAUCGCGGAUUUCUCUCCGACAACGACUUCAUCCUGCGAUGUCAACGGAACCGGCGGUACAAGUCUCAAAUCCGAGACCUUCUCACCACCUGCCGGAAACGAAAAUCGUCUCCCUCUUCGGACCCUCCUUCUGGCUAUCCCGAAGACACUCCCUAUGGCAACGUCUAUGCCACACCGUACCCCUCGGACAACGCGCUCUCACCAUACGCGGCAGCUGCUGUGCCGCAGAACAUCUUCCUCGACAACUCACGGUUCUUAGCGCCGGAGAACUUCCUCCAUUACCGGCAUCCCCUCGGAGGUUACUACACGGAGUACCCUCAGUACAGCAACGGGUUCCUAGACACAACAGGGAGACCCUGUUAUCCUUACCAGGACCAAAAGGAUGACAAGCUUUACCAGUGCCAGUAUAACGGAGUGCAGCCCACGAAGUCAUGCUGUGAGCCGUACGUGUCGAGUAGUUUAAGUCAACCGCCGGGACUUUAUGGCAUCUCGGACUGCCUCCUGCGGCCGACGUCCAAGCAGUCUCCGAAAGACGUGAAAGACAUUACGGGUCCCAUCGUACCGUCGUUCGCCUCGAACGACACAAGGCAAAGUGUGCUCAUGUGGGGGACUUCCAGGUCUAGUAUGUCACAGUCUUCGGGGUCGAAAACGCCGCCUCCGACGUCGCUUGACGGUGCGUGCAAGUGGGGCGGCGUGACGGUGUCUACGCCAAAGUCGGCGUCGCCGCACAGCAGUUCCAGUCCGUUGGGGGGUAGGGUCGCCCCUACACCGUAUAACCCGGCGCCUUAUACGCAUGAGAUAAUUCCUGAGGGCUGGCAAGUAGAUGCCAUGGCGCCCUGGCGGCCACAUUUACCGGCACUAAGCUAAGGACGUGCUUCUACCAAAUGCAAGGAACUGCCAGUCAGCGCCCUGCUUGCUCGUGGGGCUUCAUAUGGACUUCGAAACAACGAAAACGGUGACCGGCACUUCGGGUGUGCUUGCUGUGAGGUCACCAUUGUGUGUGAACAACGGGACAACAUUCAGGGAAUGUGAUACGAACAGCGCCUGCAAGAACGUCUCCCGGUAGACGACACAAGAGAGGCGGCGCCAGCUAGUCAACUAAACCUUGCACUGACACUGUUAUAUAGUAGGACCUGACCAAAGGCUGUGUUAUAUGUGAUGUUCGACUUCCACGUUGAUUCAGUCUUUCGGCUGCACUGCUGUUGCGGUUCUUGCGGACUGUACUUAUAGCCGCCGACACUGCGUGAGAGAUCCUUAUCAGUCAUAGCGUGUAGGCUGCUGCUUGUUAUUGUAACGCGAAACGUGCGCAGACAUCAUCAAACCAAAACGUCACAAAGAUAACGAGAGACCAGCCAGGACUUCCAGUAUCGGAAUUACGUCUGUGUGUAUAAGCUGUGCUGAAUAGGUUUUCGGAUACCAAUCGAAUCAUUGCAUCCAGGAGUGGAAUACUUAUCGUCAAGGGCAUCCAGAAGACAGCGGUUAAGAAGGAAUUGUCACAGUCUUUCGUCAUUAGGUUGCGAGAUAUUUAUUUCUCAUUCUUGUACAUAACAACAUACUUCUCAAUACAUUUAAGCCACAUGUA